AUGGGGGGCAUCUCAAAAAGGAAUGAAAUGCCUCGCAGAAUAUUACGGAGGUUGAGGUAUUUGACUGCUAGGGGAUUGACUUUGUGGGCCCAUUCCCUUCGUCCUUUGGAAAUGAAUACCAUUCUAGUGGUUGUAGAUUAUGUGUCUAAAUGGGUUGAAGCAGUGGCCACCCCACAUAAUGAUGCUAAGAUAGUAGUGAAGUUUCUAAAGAAGAACAUUUUCUCACGAUUUGGGGUGCCCAUAAUUUUAAUCAGCGAUGGAGGCACACACUUCUGCAAUAAUCAGCUACAGAAGGUGUUGAAGCAAUAUAGUGUAACACACAAGGUAGCAUCACCCUAUCACCCUCAGACUAAUGGUCAAGCGGAAGUGUCAAACAGGGAAUUGAAGAAGAUUUUAGAGAAGACAAUGGCUUCUACUAGAAAGGAUCGGUUGCUCAAACUGGAUGAUGCUUUAUGGGCAUAUAGAACUGCAUUUAAGACUCCGAUAGGCUUAUCCCCAUUUCAAAUGGUGUAUGGCAAGUCUUGUCACUUACCAGUGGAAAUGGAGCAUAAAGCAUAUUGGGCCUUAAAAUUUUUGAACUUUGAUGAAGCUGCAUCUAGAGAGCAAAGAAGGCUGCAACUAUUGGAGUUGGAAGAGAUGAGAUUAACUGCAUAUGAAUCUUCAAAGCUGUACAAAGAGAGGGUUAAAAAGUAUCAUGAUAAAAAGCUGCUCAAGAAGGAUUUUCAGCCAAGUCAACAAGUGCUGCUUUCAAUUCAAGGCUUAAAUUGUUUCCUGGGAAGUUCAAAUCUAAAUGGUCCAGACCAUUUACCAUUAAGAAAGUCCGACCAUAUGGAGCAGUGGAGCUUUAUGACCCUCAAGCUAAAGAUCCCGACAGAGCAUUGGUGGUGA